UGUCAGUGCCUGUGGGAUGGAGUUACAGUUGUAGGGCACUUUCCUCCAUCUGGAUGCUUCCUCGAGCUCUUUUUCGUGUCCUGUCCCAUGCAGAGGGUCCUGCAUCCUCCCUCCCAGUCUGACUCCAGUCCACUCCAGUGUUAGUGAGUUUUAGAUCCAGAGACACAGAGAGUGUGUGAGAGAGUGUGUGAGAGAGUUGCUCAGUUCCUCGGACAGGAUGAAGCUGCGCUCCGCGUGCGUCCCCCUGCUGCUCCUCGCGCUGUUGGCCGGUCAGCACGGCGGGUCCCGGGUCCGGCUGGCGCGGCUGGACCGCUGGGUGAAGGCUGCCUUCCAGUACGUGAAGCUGAGCCUGUGCCGCAGGGUCAGUCUGCCGGACGGCGAGUGCUCCAGACUGGCCCACCUCCGCCUGUCCGGAGUGGUGGUCUACGUGUCCGAGUCCGGCCCGGAACAAGUUCUGGCCAUCCUGCCGGACUCCCAGUCCACCGGCUCCCCGGCAGCGGCUUCGGACGAGCCCGGGGCCAACCGGGAGCUGUUCCCCGGAGCCAGCGCGCACGACGCCGUCCUGGUGCUGGACCCCAGCCCGGAGGAGAGCUUCGGACACCCCGUGGUUCUCUUCUACCUGGACUUUAACGUGACCAAGAAGAAGUGCGGACACAUGGACGGGGUUUAUCUGGGAGAGGAGUGUCUGACGUUGGCCCUGAAAACUCGCUGCCAGAACCAGCUGAAGCGGAGACGGAGCCGCAGUGACCGCAUGGCAGGGAGAACACGGUUCCGCAGGAGUGCCCUGUCCAGAGGAGGCAGAGUGGAGCGCAGCAGUGGCCUGUGUGAGAUCCACUUUUUGCCCCUUGUGGUUGGAGUGGGGGACAGCAACCGUACCCAGCGCCUACGCUGUGUGGAACAUCCAGAGUUCGCCAGAUGCCCACAGCCCUUACCCCUCACCAGGCCCAGCGUGCCCAUCUCCAGCUGUGAGCUGAAUAAAAACACCCGCCGAUGCCACCAGCAGCCCCUCGCCACACACCUCUCCUGCCGCCUCUACCAGACCUGUGACCAUGCAGUCCUGCUCUCAGGUGGCUGGCAGGAGCAGAUCACAUACCAGCGCCAUGUGCAGAACCUGCUGGUCUUUUACAGGAUGCUGAGGAACAACGGCUUCCAUAAGGAUCACAUCAAAACCUUCUUUGCUGGAAAUGGUCAAGUAGCAGCUAAAGAAGCAGAAGGGAUGUAUCCAGCCACAGAGAAGGAGGUGAUCAGGAACCACAUCUCCUAUAUCUGCCGCAAGCAGCACUGUGCAGACACCCUGGUCCUCUACCUGAACAGCCCCACCCGCAACGAUGGGACCAUGCUGCUGUGGGACCGCAACAACAAUGGCAUCGCGGAUCUGAAGGAGCGCUACACGGUGGGGGAGCUGCUGGCUGACCUGGCGGGCUGCAGGGCCAGUCGAGUGCUGCUCUUUGUGGAGCAGAGCUACACCUCUGUUCUCAGUAAGAGACUGAGGAGCUCUCUCAAACACCUCAACGUGGUGCUGCUCAACGGCCUGCCCUGGGUGGACACAGCGCAGUUCUGGGCCUCUCUGCCUCCAUCCCACUGCCUUAUAGACCACCUGAGUAAGAGUGCAGUGAUGCCUCGUGUGGAUGAUGCAGCAGCCAGCCUGCUGAACGUCACCCUGGCUGGAGCUCCCUGUAACUCCACACCUCCUCUAACUGAGGCCGAGAUGAGGAAGGAGUAUAUGGGUUGCCAGAACCUGCCCACAGCCCUGUGGCACCAGGGCCGCCGCAAGCCUGAUGACAGCAUGAGGAACUGAGAGGAGAGAGAGAGUGAGAGGUCGAGAGAGAAAGAAAGAGAUUAUGCUGCUUCUUCUAGCACACCAUCCCAGUCAUCCAGCACUCAACCACCAACAGAAUCCAGAAUGGCAAACGUGGCUUAGCUCUUCUUCAGUUGACUCUUCUUUGACUCCUCUUCAUUUUCAUGUUUAAUCCUAGAUUCUUUAGGACAGUUCAUUUUUAGAAGGCUACUGAGUGAGAACACAAAUCAAAUGAACAGUUAUAAAUUAUUGUUGCUCAUGUUCAAUUCAAACCAUCAUGAAUCGGAUCCAGAACCUCCAGUGGAUGGAGAGAAAAAGGCCAGUAUGGACACAGAGGGAGCGAGGGAAGAUGAGGAUUAGGAAGCUGCAAGAAAGUGUAUGAUGUCCUCACUCUGAACUCCAGCUCUCCCUGCUAUGCACUCUUCAGCAGGCCCUCUUGCUCCUGGCUUUUUCUCUACCCGCCGUGGGGGUUCAGCGGGCGGGCAGAGCCGCUCUCCAGCCGGAGCGUCCUUCCGCGGGUCAGCGCGCAAGCCACGGCUAGAGAUGAACAAUGGUGACAACGCCACUCAGCCGCACACCUCACGCCUACUUUAACAUUUCAGGACAAAUCUACAGUUCCCUCUCAGACGGCCUGAAGGAACGGAGGCCCGGCCAUGAUUUAGUCAUGAGAACUGUUCCUUCGGCGGGCGCCGUCCCCGACGCUGCCCCUUGCAAGGCCACUUUAGAGCUCUCUCCUACACUUACAGGCUCUUGCUAACCACUCUGCAACCAGCAUGCCCUCAAACCCCUCGCCCACGUCAGCAGCGUCGGCCUAUAGGAGAACACAUGGAGGAUACGGAGCUGUCCCGCUGGUCUCUGCCGGGAUUUCAGUACAAACUCUCAAAAAUUAAUCAAGGCCAUUGCAGGUUUAAAGAAGUAACGAGCAAAGUGGACAUCUCUAUGCCACAGCCAAGCACCUCCCCCUGCAGCCAGGCGAAAGUCUAUUGGUGUGCUAUAAAAAGAAAAAAGGACAUUGUGAGAGCGAGGUCAGUUAUUGCUGACUUUCACAUGCCUUCCUUCCCCCUUUCUCUUGUACAAAUUCCCAUUAAAUCAUGUUCUCAGUGUAUUUAGGUAAACAUAGUUUAACAGACUAUAUAAAUAUAUAAAAGCUUUAACGUCAGUAAAGUCAACGGAUACUGUUUUUGUAUAGACAACAAAGUAUGUGCUUCAUUCUGUAAAUAUCUGUCGUGUUCUGCUAAACAAAUGAUGAUGUCAAGACGAUGUCGAGUAAUGUCGAGUAAGAGGUUGAUAAAUGUCCUCAUUGCUGUUGCUGUUGUGUGUUAAACCAUAGUGUGUGUGUAUGUGUGUGUGUGUUUGAACUGAUGUAAAUACUUAAAAUAAAUUAACUUUUGUACAUA